AUGCAACAGAUAGCACAAACAUUUGACCACAAACUGGAGUCUGGGUUCUAUGACAUCUCUUGCAACACCUCUACACCAUUCGGCCUGAACUUAUCCCCAGUGCAAGCACGCUGCAACAUGGAGAGUGGUGAUGGUGGAUGGAUCGUUCUCGUUCGAAGGACACCGAAUGUUGCUGAGCGAUUAUCUUUCGACAGGAAUUGGGUGGAAUACGAGCAAGGUUUUGGGAACCUGAGUGGCGAGUUCUGGUACGGACUAAAGAACAUGUACUGUCUUACGAGUCGAGAGCCAAUGGAGGUCGAAGUUGAAGUCAGCAAAACCGAUAGCACAAAACUAGAUCUUUCGUAUGGUAACUUUCAAGUGGAUGGACCUAAUACAAGCUACACACUGCAUGUGUCGGACAAACAGUAUGGAGGUUAUGAUUUCGUUCGGCGUCACAACGGAAAUAAAUUCUCGACUCUUGACAGAGACAAUGACGAAUACAACACCAGUUGUUCAAUACAAUUCAACGGAGGUGGGAACUGGUUUAGUAGCUGCUUCGAUAUGUAUCUCACUGACAUACCGAAACCUCAGCUUCAUUAUGAAAGCUCUGAUGUCUACGACUACGCUGAGCUACGAGUGCGUCCCAAAGGUUAUAUAGCUUCUCAGUGA